AUGUCAAAACGAUUCCUCUCUCUCCUCCUUUCCUACCUUGUAAUUGUAUGCCUCCUUUUAACCAUCACAAUCGCCAACACCGCAACUGCCAUUGCCAUACCCACUGCCACAAUCUCACAGCCAUUCAGACAAGCCCCAAAAUUCUACAACUCCCCACAAUGCCCUUCCCUCACCGACACAGACACAGAAACCAACAAUGGCGACACCGACGACACCUUCUGCUCUGACAACGCCAUCCACGUUGCGAUGACCCUCGACACCGCCUACAUCCGCGGCUCCAUGGCGGCGAUCCUCUCCGUUCUUCACCACUCUUCCUGCCCUCAAAACAUCGUCUUCCACUUCGUCAUUUCCGCUUCCGCCAACGCAUCAAUCCUACACGCCACCAUCGCCACCUCCUUCCCGUACCUCAACUUUCACCUCUACACCUUGGACGACACCGCCGUCGCCGGCUUAAUAUCCACCUCCAUUCGCUCCGCCCUUGACUGCCCUCUCAACUAUGCUCGCAGCUACUUAGCCAAGCUUUUACCUCUUUGUGUCAACAAAAUAGUUUACCUCGACUCCGACCUCGUUCUCGUCGACGACAUUGCCAAACUCGUCGCCACCCCUCUCGACGACGACAGAGUUUUAGCUGCACCCGAGUACUGCAAUGCCAACUUCACCUCCUAUUUUACUCCGACCUUCUGGUCAAACCCUUCUCUAUCAUUAACCUUCGCAAAUCGUAAAGCUUGUUAUUUUAACACAGGUGUUAUGGUGAUCGAUCUUGAUCGAUGGAGAGAGGGUGACUAUACGACCAAAAUAGAAGAAUGGAUGGAGCUCCAGAAGAGAAUGAGGAUUUAUGAACUUGGUUCAUUGCCACCAUUUUUGCUUGUUUUCGCCGGAAAGAUAGCUCCGGUGGAAUCAACAUGUGGGAAAGGUAAACCAUGGGCUCGACUUGACGCAAACAGGCCAUGCCCGUUGGAUGCUCUGUGGGCUCCUUAUGAUCUCUUGAAGCCACCAUUCUCGUUUGAUUCUUGAAGGAACAUAUCAAAACUGUGCUUGAAGGAACAGAUCUCUCUCUCUCUCUCCUGAACAAAUAAGAGGAAGGAGACGACAGGUUGUGAAGAAGGAAAGGGCAAACCUGAAAUAAAGCCACUGGCUCUGCAUGUGUACAGACUGUAAGAAUGGUGAUGAUGAAGCCGAAGGUCUCAUGAUUCUCAUCAGUUAUUAUAUUAAUAAAAAGAAGGAUAGGGGAUUUUCUUUCUUUGUAAAUUUUGUUCAGAUCUCUUCG